CAAAUGUCGAUGUCGAUUCUUCUUUCUAUGAUUUGGAUCAUUUUGAAUUUGCACAAUUUUUUUGAGUUCCAGUUCAGACUUCAGUCAGAAAAACAUAACAGCUGAACCUAAAUUGAUCGUAAUUAGUAGAAUGUCGUAAAAAUUAAAACAAAUAAAUCCGGGAAGUAAGUUUUUGUAACUUAGUAGGCACUAAUAAGAGUAAUGAACUAAUGACAGUUUCAGUUUGUUUGGCAAAUGCCGAAGUGUUUUGUACCGUGCGUGGUGAUGAUGUGAAACAAAACAGUGAAUACUGUCGUUAUUCUCAUGCUUUUUGUGGAAUCAAGUUAUAAAGCGGGCAACCGAUAAUGUCGGAGUACGACCUGCAGUUCCAAGCGGAUCUUGAGAAGGCCCAGGCUCUCAGUUUAGAAAGUUUGGCAUUGGAGCAAUUCCGAAGGCAGAAGCAGCUAUCUAGUUCAGAUAAUGGUCAAGAUACGGGCAGCGCCAGUGUUCGACGGCGCGAGGAGAGUGAAGGACCGCCUCCCGCUUUGCCGCCCCCGCCACGAAGACCACCUAGAAGAACUUCUAGCUCGGAGAGCUCUAGAUCGACGGGAACCAGCCCGACCCGCAACGCCAGUAGUGAUCUGAUAUCGUUCACGAGCCCAACCAGUAAGACUGCCCCAAAAGACUCUCAUGCUUCCCUCAAGGAGUACAUUGACCAGAUCAGCAAAUUGGGGCAACAGACUGAAGAAAUCACAUUGAACACGCCCGAACAAUCUCAAGCAAUGAAUAACCAGAACAAUCAAAGGCCGGGCUACCCGUACGCGCCGUACAACUAUGGCUACCCUCCGCCAUACACGCCUAUGGCUCCUUAUCCGAACAUACCGUAUGGAAUGCCCUCCCCAAUGGGGCCAAUGCCCCACUAUGCCUUCUACCCGCCAAUGUUGGCCCAACCGGAUCAACAACCCACAUACGUCACCACUCCGCCAAUAUAUGCGCCAACGAUUCCUUAUGCUCAAACUAGGAUGGCUACUCCAUCCCCUUACGUGACAUAUCCUCCCCAAACGCCUCAAACCCCUGGAUCCUACAAUUACAAUACAACGAACUUAAUAUCGAGGCCCACGAGACCUGCUUCCAUAUACCCCCAGCUCCAUCAAGUGCCAAGAUAUGUUCUACCGCCAAGUAAUGCGCCAACAAAUAAUGUGAAUAAUAAUAAUAAUGCUGUUAAACUGCCAGCUACUAAGCCAGAACCCUCCCGAGACAGUGUGGAAAGCAAUACUUCAAAGAAGUCUGAUGUGUCGAACGAGGCCACCGAUGACCUGGGCAACUUGCCGAAAUCGAUGAACCUGAUCGACUUCGGCGGGCGCAAGUCCAGCGGGCAAGGUAGCGUAAGAGUCAGUGUGCUAGAGGCGUUUGAUCCGCUACUAACUGAACAGAAUCAUUCCGAUUAUGCCGCUAAAAGUGAAUGUUCGAGCGUGUACGAGGAAUACGAUCCUUUGGACUUCUUGUACGGUGAGACGGAGCUCCGUGACGCGCCCGUGUACGCCACUAUCAGUAAACGGGAAAGUGUGAUGGUGCCCUCGCCGCCGCCUAAGAAGAUUCCCAGCGUUCCUGCAGUGGCUAAAAGGCCGACUACGAACAAACUCUACGACUGUAUAGUAAAGACGCGAACCAAAAACUAUGAUAGUGAACACAAAGCAUUUUUGAAAAUGGUUAUAGACGUAAGAAAAAGAUUCAGUCACACGGACGAGAGAACGAAUCCGGGGCACGUGGUAGCGGCGCGCUCGGGCGGCCGGUACGCGCCCAACACUAGCAUUAAGCUCCUCGUCUACAACUCGCACACCGACGAGCCCAUCACCUUCACUUCCGACGUGGAAUCAACCGUGGAACAUGUGAUAUUAACAGUAGUUUGUUCACUCGACGAAGAUAUCAGAGAAGACAUGUCUGGGUACAUGUUGCGGGUAUGGGGAGCCAGAGAAUACUUAACCCCCGGCAGUUCGCUCAGUGAAUACGAUUGCAUUCGCGAGUGUGUGCGUCUGGAGAAAGACGUCCGUCUCUGUCUAACAGAAGGCAGAGAAACCUCCUUAGCGAGAACAGAAAGAGACGAUGCGAGAGAUGCGCACCUUACCCUAGAUGAAUUAAUAUCGACUCAGGGUGGUAUGCCAAUGUUGUCGUUCGAUAAUCUCUCUAUUUUAUUGGAAACUCUAGAAGGUGAGCUGUCUCGCGCAGUGGGCGUGUUAGGUGCGGAAGGGGUCUGUUCGCCCAAUGCGGUGUUCCAAGCCGUCAAAGCUAUCUGUGCGCUGGCGGGUGGCGUGGAGACGCUGCACGUCACACACACGCUCAACGCCUUCUCGCAGGCCUGCACUGCACAGGCGACUGGAGCAGUGCGGCCAGAAAUCCAGUCAGAAAGCGGGCCGUAUUGCUCGGUGUCGCUACGCUCGGCGAACGCUCGCGAGGCGCUCGCGCAACAAUGCUCGCGCGUUCGCGACGCCGUGCGCGCGCUGAUCGCGUUGUAUACGCGCGCAAGAUUGCUGGACUUCCAAAUGUCCGACGGACCCACUAUUGCAACGGAUCCUAAUAAAGCAGUCCCAGCCCACACGAUAUCGGAAACGAUGUUGUUCUGCAUCGAAGCAGUGCACUGCCUGCCGCACUGCUGGACACACGACGAGUACCUGUUCCACGCGCAGGUGUACUACGGCACGCGCCCGCUCAAGGCGCUGCACCUCACGCACGUGUCCAAGAUCGAGUGCGGCGGAUUCUACCCGAGGAUUAUAUUCGAUACGUGGUUAAAUCUAGAAGACGUCCCAGUCAAUACGCUCCCGCGCGAAUCCAGGCUAGUACUAACCCUGUACGGGCGCACGCAGCGAACGGAGGAGCAGGCCCAAAACGAGAGCCAACAGAACAACCAAGAAGGAGAGGAAAAUGGUGACGUGCUGUUCGAACAAGUGGAACUGGGCUGGACUGCCGUACAGUUGUUCGAUUACGAUAAAAUGCUAGCGUCGGGCCACUACGUGCUGCCGCUGUGGCCCGCGUGCUGCGACCGGCGCAUCGGGCCCGCGCCGCACCCGCUGCAUACGCCGCCGCCGCCAUAUCCCCUAGUUAAUAUUGAAAUCCCCAUAUAUACGCGGACGGGCGUCAAAUGGACGGACGAUGAAGAAGAGAAAGGGAAAUCGUUAUCUCUGGAGGAUUUGCCCAAGUUCGACUCGCUGGACGGACACACGCAGUCGCAGUUGUUGCAUCUGAUCGAGCAGGGCGCCUACCAGAGGAUGCCUACUGAAGGUAGAGAGAUUCUAUGGGAGAAGCGUCAGUAUCUGGUGCAGCUACCAGGUGCCUUGCCGCUGGUUUUGCUCGCGGCGACCAACUGGUGCGGCGAGCAGCGCGCGCAACUUGUGUCGCUCAUACAACUGUGGGAGAAGCCUUCACCGCUCAACUCCAUGCAUCUGCUGCUACCCUGUUUCCCAGAUGCGGCAAUCAGAAAAAUGGCAGCGGCACUCGUGAACGGAAUGUCUGACGACGAGCUGAUCCGAGUGCUGCCGCAGCUCGCGCAAGCGUUGCGGUAUGAGACGUAUGAAGCUAGUCCGCUCGCAGAGGUGUUAUUAUCGCGAGCAUUAUCAGCCCCCGCCGUGGCACACAAAAUGUUUUGGCUUCUAGUCCAUUCCCUGCCAAACGUACCACAGGCACCAAAUCAAGAAUUUCUGGGCAUAAGUUUAGAAGAGAACGCGGGUGAAAAUCUAGAAGUGGACGCUACUAUGACUGCGACGUGGCGGUAUAGAUUGCUCCUACGGGCGCUACUGGCCAUCUGUGGAGAGAACUUAACCAAGACUUUGCUUAGGCAACAACUGCUUGUUAAGACGGUAGCAGACGUAGCGAUGUCGGUCAAAUGCGCAAAGGAGGCGCUACGUCAGCGCGCGCUGUACGUUGGGGGCGAGAAGCUCUCCGGCCUGCUGCGCCAAGAGCCAGCUGCGCUGCCGUUCGCGCUGCAUCGAUACGUGCACGACAUCGAUGUCAAGUCUUGCUCAUACUUCUCCUCAAACACACUCCCGUUGAAAAUCAACUUUAUUGGCAUCGACUGUGCUGUUAUUCCCGCUAUGUUUAAGGUUGGUGAUGAUUUAAGACAAGAUUCGUUAGUACUGCAAGUGAUCAAAGUAAUGGACACUUUGUGGUUGAAAGCUGGAUUAGAUCUGAGAAUAGUCACAUUCCAAGCACUACCUACUAGUCGGAAGAGGGGUAUGAUAGAAAUCGUUCCUGAGGCAGAGACCCUGCGCGCCAUACAAACCGAGUGGGGCUUGACGGGAUCAUUCAAAGACAAGCCCAUAGCGGAGUGGCUGGCCAAACACAACCCCUCCGAACUGGAGUACCAGCGGGCAAGGGAUAAUUUUACAGCGUCGUGCGCGGGCUACAGCGUGGCGACCUACCUGCUGGGCAUCUGCGACCGCCACAACGACAACAUCAUGCUGAAGACGUCCGGCCACCUCUUCCACAUCGACUUCGGCAAGUUCCUGGGCGACGCGCAGAUGUUUGGCAACUUUAAGAGAGACCGUGCGCCGUUCGUGCUAACUAACGACAUGGUGUACGUCAUCAACGGCGGUGAUCGCCCCACGCAGCGCUUCCAGCACUUUGUGGAGCUUUGCUGUAUGGCCUUCAACAUAGUACGGGCGCAUCACGAUCACAUACUGGACUUGUUCGCUUUGAUGGCGAUGUCGGGGGUGACGGGCGUGUCGAGCGCGGCGGUGGGCUACGUGCGCGCCGCGCUGCUGCCCGCCGCCUCCAAUGCAGAAGCGGCUGCGGCCUUCGCGCAGCUCAUCAACUCCUCGCUCAAGAGCAAAUUCACGCCCAUUAACUUCUUCCUGCACAAUCUGGCGCAGAUGAGAGCGAGCGGCGACCAGAGCAGCAGCUCGUCUGAACUGCUUUCCUUCAUGCCACGGACUUACACUAUGGCGCAAGAAGGUCGGCUGGUUCGGGUGGAAUGUUUGAGCUACGAAAAACGCUACGACCCAGAAAAGCACUACGUAUACGCGCUGCGAGUUUACAGGCAGGGGCAGGCCACGCCGGCCGUGCUGUACCGCUCGUACAAACAUUUCACGGAGCUCUACCAGAAGAUCUGCCUGCACUUCCCUUUGGCGAAGGUUCAUAGUUUACCCAUCGGUCUGCACGUGGGUCGCUCCAACGUGCGCCAAGUCGCUGAGAAGAGGUUCACCGACGUGCAAGCGUUCCUCACGUCGCUGUUCAGCCUGGCGGACGAGAUCGCGCACUCCGACCUCGUCUACACGUUCUUCCAUCCGCUGCUGAGGGACCAGCAAGACGUCGAGCCUCAGAGGUUGAGGAAAGGAGAGUCGGUCGAAGCAGAGAACAGCGGUUCCGGAUCUUUAAAACUGUCAGUACAGUACUCGGGCGGAGUGCUGUCCGUGCUGAUUCUGCACGCGCAGUCUUUGCCUCUCUCACAAGGACUGCCGCCUAAUCCCUACGUCAAGGUGUACCUAGUCCCAGACCCGAACAAAGAGACGAAGCGAAAAACGCGCGUACUGAAGCGCAACUCGCAUCCAUCUUUCAUGGAGAUGCUCGAAUACCGCCUUCCGCUCGAAGUCGUCAAGAACAGAAGCCUCCAAGCGACUGUCUGGAACUACGACUCGCUACAAGAGAACCAGUUUCUAGGCGGCGUGGUGAUACCUCUGAACUCGCUGAAUCUCAGGGAGGAGACGGUUGCGUGGUACCCGCUCGAGUACAUCCCGCGGUAGCUAGUGCUGGCGCGCUCCGCCAUUUGGACCACGGACGGGCCCCUUCGCUGAGUCGUGGUCGCAAUACGGAUGCGCCCUAUACUAUAAUUUCAUGUAUUAGAAUUGUCGAAUGAGAGACGCGUUGUAUUGCUGCCUUCGUGGCUUAGUUUAAUAUUUUACUAUUGUACGAGCAAAUAGUUGACCAUGCUUAAAGUGCGGCGAAACCAGAGGCACAUCUCCUAACUUGUGUAUACAUUAUACGUGCACUAUUGUACGCAAACUGACUGGCACACAUGUUUUACGCGAAUGUCCAAGCAACUCGGGAAACAAACUAAGCAACUAGGUGGAACUAUGAGUUAUGACUCUCCACAAGAGAACCUUGUAGCGAGAGUUCCUUGGUGGCGUGGUGAU